AUGGUAAAUAAUGGUGCAGCAAAAGAUAAAAAUGAAUUGGAAAUAUUAAAAGCGUUCAAAUCUGCAGAUGCAAUUAUUCCAACAUUAUCAACCAACUUGCCAAUUUGUCCCAAAGAUAAACUUACAAGUAAACUGCUUGACUUCAAAAACCUUUCUAAACCAAUGAAUUCAUCUGCAAAAUUGUUAAGAGUUUGUGUCGAUGAGGAAAUAAAAUAA